AUGAGUGAAGCAAGCUCGCAAAACUUUUCUGAGUCGUGUGAGCAUACAGAAGAAGAUGAAAAAGAAAUCCCUGACAUUGUCCUUUUUACCUUUAUCUCAAUCCUUCUUAUCAUCGUCAGCUAUGAGCUGAAAAAGCACUUCAAAGUCCCUGUUUCCCCAAUUCUUCUAUUAAUUGGGACACUUUUUAGGGUCAUUGGAGGAGCGAUAGCUCAUAUUGAUUCGUCAGUCUCCCGAAUAGAUUCUUUAAAUCCUGAACUUGUUACCCUUUGUAUCCUUCCUGCUUUAAUAUUUGAAGCAGCUUUUUCGUCAGACUGGUAUAUGGGAUUUUUCCCAUGGAUGGCGCUGUUUUGGCCUUGAUUUUCCCACUGGGAAAAUUUUUUGGUUUGACCAAACCAUAUUGUACUGGUCGAAUCAAAAAAAUUUUCCCAGUGGGAAAAUCAAGGCCAAAACAGCGCCAUCCACAGGAAAUCACUAUACUUUUAAACGUGAAAUUUGGCAAAUUCUUCCACUAGCGACUACGGUGGUCAUUUUAUCAGCAGUUCUGACAGCUGUUGUGGUAAAUGUAUUUCUUGACUAUCAAUUUCUCUGGUAUGAUGCUUUUUUACUUGGUGUCAUUUUAAGUGCAACUGACCAUGUUGCAGUUGUGGCUCAGCUAAAAGAAAUGCAUGUGGAUAACAGAUUUAAAACACUUAUAGAAGGAGAAACACUAUUAAAUGAAGCCACUGUUUUGGUAUUUUUUAAUAUCAUGCUAGACCAUGCUUUAGGUUCUACUAAUGUUGCAGGCAGCAUUGCUCAGUUCGUAAACUUGACUUGUACAGGAUUUGUAUUAUCUAAACGAUCAAAUUUAUUUUAUUUAUGGAGAAUUUUUAAUAAAUUAUAAUAGAAUUCUAUAUAGAAUAAUUAUUUAAAUAUUUUAUAUAAAAAAUUUUUCAUAUAGGAGAGCUAGGGAUUUCAUUUGCAAUUGCUAUGGGAUGGGCUAUUAAAAGGAUGGUUAAUGACUCAAUUCAAGAGACUUUGCUUACAUUUGCCGCUGCUUAUUUAUUGUUUUAUACUUCAAAUGAAAUUAAUUCAUCUGGCGCUAUUUCUGUAGUAACCCUUGGUCUCUAUAUGUCAGCAUAUGGAAAAACUCUGAUAAGUCCUAUAGCAGAAAAAUCGUUGCACAAUUUUUGGAAUAUUGUAGGGACUUCUGUAGAGUCUGUUGUAUUUAUUAUAGCAGGGAUGCUGCUGGGGAUGUUUUUUGUGAAGGAGUCCUCACUUGAGCUUAAAGAUGUCGUUAGGAUGGGGACGCUUUUUAUUUUUUUGCACCUUGUCAGAGGGGUUGUAUUAUUAAUCCAUUAUCCUGUGCUGAAAUUCUUUGGGUAUGGGAUCACUAUAAAAGAAGUGAUAGUCAUGACUUUGUCAGGGCUAAAAGGGGCCAUUGCCACGUCUUUAGCUUUAAUUGUUUUUCAUGAGGAUGAGCUGGAUUCACAUUUCAGAGUUGUACUUCUGUUUUUUACAAUUGGGAUUUCUGGGCUGAGUAUUAUUUUUGAUAGCCUUGCGAUGAAAUUUGCUGUCAAAAAAUUUGGGAUGGAAACUCUUAUCCCUUUAAACCAAAUUUGAAGAAAUUAUACCGAACGAAGAUUGAUUUAUUAUAAAAUUUGGUUUUAUAUAGAAAAUAAUUAAUUUAAUAAAAAUUUAGUUAAUUAAGGUCAUUGUGUUAAAUUAAAAAGGAUUUUCUUAAGAAAACUACUUAUUUUCGAUGGAGAGAAUUAGUGAAGUUGAAGAAAAUAUGUUAGUUGGGGUUACAACAGCAAUAUUGCAGCAUACUGCUAAAAAGGUUGAAAAAAUGAGAUCUGAUAAACAAUUUAACUUACACCCCGCCUCUCUGAACGAACAAAACAAUUUUUUUGCUCAUUGAGGAGUUAAUUGCUUUUUAAAAAAAAAUUAUAUAUAAAUUUGUAGUAAUUUUUUUUUGAGAAGUAAAAAUCAAUUUAAUUGUAAAAUUUAUGUUUUAAAAUAAAAUUUGUUCAAAAUUAAACAGAUUAGCUAGUGAUUUCAUUAUAAUAAUAUCACUUAUAUAUCGAAAUAUUUUUUAAAAAAAUUCUUAUAUUAAAUUAAUUUUUGUUUGCUCCACUCACGAAGGGAGUUAGUUAAAUGAGACAAAGUUAUGAAACUUGCAGGCCCAAAAAAUUUACUAGUACAAAUCAUGAAGAAUACAAAUGUAGGCGCCAAUAUUUUAAGAAAGCACCAAGGUGAUAGCCCAGAAGAGCUAUUAUCAAGAUACACAAGCAAAUUCAGCUUAUCUUUAAAUGCGUUAAUAAAAGAAACAAGACGAAGAUAUUUUACAACGCUAAAAGGUAUUUAUUGGCAAGAGUUCAAUUCUGGGCAAUGCUCAGGGUAUGCUUCUCUUAUUCUCAUUGAAUCCUGCAACAGAGCAUUAGACAAAGAUUAGGUCAGGUUGAGCUCUAAUGGUUCGCUAGGGAUUAGCCCUUAUCCAUUUUCCCAGAGGCUUUGGCUUCAGCAGCCUAGCCACCUGCCGUCAUACCACACCCUUUGUGCCUAUAUUAACAAAAAAUGGUAACGGCAGCAGUCUCUUGGGGAUAUGUUGGAGUCAGCUCUAUGACAGAAGGCUCUUUUAGUUCUGUUAGUGCUUAGAACACGAGGAAAAUACAAACCGCCUCCUUCUGAGCUACUCUGUCUUAUUCAGGCAAAAAUUGAUUCGCAGAUGAGCAAGCAAAUUUUGCGUUCGGUUUAUCGCCUGUGGGCAGAAGCCUACCAUUGAGUCCUGAUAAGACAAAAACCCCACCUUAACUUGCUAAAAGGUUUUUAGAUCCACUUGCCUGAGGCUGAUAUUAACCACCACUUAGGACCUAACUUAGCAUGCUAUCUUUUAAAAUAUCAUUACACAAAGAAGACUCUAAAAUGUCAGACUGGGAACACCUAGAAAAAGAGCUUUACAACAAGCGUCUUAUGAGUAUUUACAACUAUUUUUCAGGACUUCCAUUAAUUGGGAAAAUUUUUAAAAAUUUAUUAUAUGAUAUCGUCAUCCUUACCUAUGACGCUGCCAGUACCUUUAUUUCCGCCCAUCACGAAGCUGAAGAAUUAAUGGACAAUAUGGAAAUUGAUAUAGACGAAGCCAUUUUCCAUAAAGUCAUGGAAGAAGCUCACGACCAAAUCGAGCUCUGCAAAGAGUUUGUAAGAGACAAUAUAACUGACUCAUAUCCAGAAGUGGUCGCUGAGGUCACCUCAAGUAUGGCCUGCUACGCCUUAUUGAUUUCUCAACGAAAACUUAUAAAUAAAAUCUUCCACCAAGGAGUAAUCAAAGAAAUAGAGUAUGAGCAUUUAAUCGAUGCCAUUGACAAUAAUAUGAAGCAGCUUACUUUUCAGCAGAACCCCAGCAUUCCUUCUAUUAAAGAAAUCUUAAAAAAUCGCUUUCGAAAUGCGACUGAUAAAGAUAUUGAACAACUAUUGCCUAUGAUUACAGAAAAGCAUUAUCAGCCAGGACAGUUUCUUUUUAAAGAAGGGGAGCCUGCAGAUGGAGCUUAUUUAAUAAUAAAUGGAAGAGUCCAUGAGUUAGCAGCAUGAAUAGACCAAGAGCUUAUGAUAGGAAACAUUGUAGGGGUCCAGCAUCUGCUACCAAUUUAUCAGGUAAAUAUGUCGACUGCAAAAGCAAUUACAAUGGUAUUUGCUGCACAUAUUCCUGCAGCCAUGCUUAAUAAAGAUAUAUAUAUUGAAGAUUUAUAUAAAGAAGCGUCAGAAGAAUUAAUUUCGCUCAAUGCAGAGACGCUUGGGUUCGAGGGGGUGGAAGAAGAACAUCUGAUGAGAAUGAUAAAAAGCUCAAAAAUUAGGUACUUUUUGCCUGGGGAUUUAAUUGAUUUGAGAAGAGGAGGGAUUGUGCUGCUUGGGAGCUUGAGGAGAGAUAAGCCAGAAUUUUCGAUUUUGUCGCCUGUGAGUAAGCCAGUGGAGGCGAUUACUUCAUGUGUUCUUUUGCUAUUUCCUGAAUUUUUUUCAGAAUCUAUCAGAGAAUCUAAAACUAUGCCUGAGGCUUUUGCAAACUAUUACUUAAGGAGUAAUGCGAAGGCGCAAAUUAUAAGAAAUAACGAUGAAACGAAUAAUAGCCUAGAAUUUGCAGCUUCAAACAAUUUGCACAGGGUUGAAGUUCAAAGACUUUUAUCAAGAAGAUCCUUUAAAAAUGAAAACGAGGAUUAA